AUGGCUCUUAAGAUCAAUCUUCCUGAGACCAAGCAUUCAGCAUAUGCAUAUGAUUUAACUUUUUUUUUUUUAAAUCUCCACAGGUUGGAAAUGUUGGACGGUUUGGCACCUUUUGAUUUUAAAACAAAUCCCUCAUGGAUUAACCCAAAUUACUUAGUUCUCCUGGUUUCAUUGGAGAUAACCUACUCUAUUUGUGGACUGCUGUUUGUUCUGAUUGUGGAAGAAUGGGUAUGGGAUUAUGCUAUAACAGUUACUGCUAUUCAUAUCAUCAUAACUGCAGCUGUUAUGUCUGAAUUCCCUCUGAGGUUGCACUGGUGGAUGGCUUUAGGAUCUGGCUUAAUUUUGAUGAUCUGUGGAGGACAGGUAUUAGCAUACUGCUUGUUCAGGGACAACUUCAUUUACCCAGUCCUGGAUGAUUUUUGA